UUUUGCAGUCGCUUGCGGGAUUUCACUAAGCGCGGUUCACUAUCAGUCUCGACUUCUGUUUCACAAAGGGGUUAACGAGUAGAAACAAGCUUUACUAUCAGCUGCAUUGAUAACACAUCCUCGCAGUUUGGCGUCAUGUUUAUUAAAUUCGCCGCACUCUUUGUGAUCUUCAACCUCUGCUCGUCGGCAACAGCUGGCAAUCAGGGUGAUCUCUAUGGCUACGAUAUUGGCAGCAGCAGCUCAACCGAACGCAUUCAUGCAGCCACGCGUUGUGUGCAUGUGCAUCCUCAGCACUCGGUGGAUCUUAACCAGAUAAUGGGUCUCUGGUAUGGUAGCGAGAUCAUCAUACACAGCCAAGACACUCCUGGUGAAUACGAAUACGAUUCGUGCGUUAUCAUUCACCUGACAGAUGUUACGCAACAAGUGCUCAAUAGCAAGCGUAAUAUCAAUAACAACAACAACCACAACUACAAUUACGGCCACAAUAAUCGCAAUAAUCAAAACAAUUACGGACGCAUCUCGACCACACCUCAGUACCUCGAACGUGAUGAUUACGAACAGGAGCGUCAACGGCAACUGCAGCGGACCAAAUAUUUGCGUCUGGUGUGGAGCGAACGCGACAGCAAUCUGGAGUACACAUUCAACUAUACGCUAGACCGUCCCGGGGUUUGGUCCAACAUUGGCGAUCAGCGGGGAUCGUUGGCCACCCUCAACACAUAUACACAGUUCAGUGGCAUGGUGCAGGUGGUGAAGGCGGUGAACGAUCAUCUGGUGUUGACCUUCUGUGGCAACGAUGUCAAGAGCACCAUUUAUACCGUGGUGUUGACACGUAAUCCGCUGGGACUGAGCAAUGAUGAGUUGCGCAGCAUUCGCAGCAUGCUCUCGCGUCGCGGUCUCUUUGUGGAGAACAUACGCAAGGUCUGCAAUGGAGCCUCAAGUCGGGGCGGUGGUCUGUUCACACUCUCGCUGCUGUCGCUGGUGUUGCUGCUCUUUGCAUCCGGCUGGGGUCGUCGACAGUAAUAGGCAAAUUAGCCGAGGAAAUGCCAUAUUCCAGCCAUAUUUCUAUGUUAAUUUAUCAAUAAUUUACUUACUUAAGCAUUUAACUCUCGGUCAAUACGACAACAACACUGCUAACCAAUCCUCUCGAGUGUCGAGUUUCAGUUGCGGUUAAUUGUUUCGUCUUUCCAAUUAAACUCAAUUAGUUGUGUAA